ACCUGCUCGCGCGACACCUUCCAUUGGAACUUCUACACACGUCGACAUUACUGUAAAUUCUGACACUAAUCUUGCUACGCAACCAACAUCAGAAAUUCACUCAAACGACAGCAGACAACAAUCACCAACUUCCGCACUGCUCAAACGACACCACCGCGACCAAUGGCGGCAUCUAUUCCAUCCACCAUGAGGGCUUCUCAAUGGACUUCCAUCACCGGCACCAUCGAGAAGAGUCUUAAAGUGAACAACAAUGCAGCGCUUCCCAAAUCGGCCAACUCACUCGGCAAAGACCAAACUCUUGUCAAGGUUCACUAUGCUGCCCUCAAUCCCGUCGACUACAAGCUUCCUGAGGCUCCUUUUGUCGGACAAUUUGCCAUCUCUACGCCUGCAUCACCGUGUAUGGACUUUGCUGGUGUAGUCGUCAAGACUUCGAGAUCCGACUUGAAGCCUGGUCAGGCCGUUUUCGGCAAAACCGAACCUCCUCUUUUUGGAGCCAUGGCCGAAUACCUGGUCGCUGGACGCGAUGGCACAAUCGCUCUUCCUGACGGAGUCAAGCCCGAAGAGGCUGCUUGUGUCGGUGUUGCUGGCUUGACUGCCUAUCAAUGUAUCGCUCCCAAUGUCAAGGCUGGCGACAAGGUCUUGAUCAAUGGCGGAUCGGGAGGAACUGGCUCGUUCGGUAUUCAAAUUGCCAAAGCCCUUGAAUGUGAAGUCACUACCACUUGCUCUGGACCAAAUGUGGAGUUGUGCAAGAGUCUUGGAGCAGACGAGGUCAUUGACUACAAGACCCAGGACGUACACGAGGUUCUCAUUCGCAGCGGCAAGCGCUUCGAUCACAUCGUCGACUUCGUUGGUUCUCCGGAGUUGUAUUGGGCGGCCCACUACUUCUCGAAGGACACGGCAAAGAUGGUCAACGUGGGAGCUACCAUGACCCUCGACUUCUUCAAGCGCCUUUUGCCCAUCUUCUUACUGCCUAGAUUCUUGGGAGGUGGUAGGAUGAAAUAUGAGUUCCUCACCUGUCAUGCCAAAGAGGAUGACUUCAAGCAGAUUGGCAGCUGGAUGGCGGAAGGAAAGGUUAAGCCUGUCAUUGGCGAGAUGUUCACACUGGAAGAUGUGCCUAAGGCGUUCGAGAAGCUCAAGACCGGUCGCGUCCGCGGCAAGUUGGUCGUCAAGGUCUCAGACGAGUAAAGACCGUUCGGGAAUUGGUGAUGGAUGAUUACAGGCACGACAUUGAUGCUUUCUAUUAGCCAGCAGUCAUAUGUUAUUUUAGCCAUCAAUUAUACUUUCAAUAUUGAUCAAUUGUCCUUGAAGACAUGUCAGCCAA